AAGAUAAGCCCACUCUUUAUGUGUUCAAUGCUGUCACCCAAGAGACGAUGCCAAUACUGGAGAAUGCUUCCCUUCUUGGUAAAAAAGUGUCUCAGCUGAGAACACUGAUAGCUCUGAGAUGUGGCUUCCCCGUGAGUGUCUUCUGUCUCCGGACUCCAAGCGGCUUGGAGAUGUUCGAUUGCAACACCCUGAGGGACUACCAGACUGACAUGGGCUCAACACUUCGCUUGGAUGUCUGGGACGGAUGGAAGGAAUUUAUGAUGGGUUGUCUCCUCGGACAAAAGCUUGAAGUCCAACGCUAUUUAUCAAAUGAAGGACCAGUACUUAAGUUCCAGAAAAGGGUGGCCCUGUACAUAGCCGCCUUUCAUGGCUACAUUGAGCUCACCGAAUGGGCUCUGAAGCAGGGUGUGCGGCCCAACGAGGCAGUCGGUGUCCAUCCCUGUCGAGCGUGGUGCCAUGACGCCCUUCAUGCAGAUGUCUCUAAAUGCCCCAUUCAUGCGGCUGCAGAAGCAGGCCAGCUGUUGAUUCUGAAGACCUUUGUCAACUGCAGCGUGCUGUGCCUGGAAUGCAAAAAUGCAGCAGGACAAACUCCCCUGACCAUCACAGUCAAACACAAGCAUAAAGACUGCGUAUUAUAUCUACUGGGUAAAAUGUGGUCCACGGUUUCUUUUCCGAAAAUUUCAGUCCCCAUGAGAAUCUAUAUUAAAAUAAAACAAUGGAUCCUCAGAGCUCAGAGUCACAACCUUCAUAAAAGCCAGGUUUGCAGAGCAAGGGUCUUUGGGGCAAGAGUUGGGGACACUGUGAUGGUGGAUGGUUUCACCAAACCAAAAAUGACCUCCAAGAAUUGGCAUCAGGCUGGGAACAAAAACUCACAAAGCUCUACUGGCAAGCUACCACCUCUCCGGGUACAAACUGCAAGCAGGAAACCCGUCAAUCCUUUGGCAAUGUCACAGCGGGACACAAGAGAGCAAACCUUCACAUUUCCUCCUCUAUCAGAUGCAAAUAUGUUCUCUGAAUUGCAAAGACAUCAACAACAAAAUGAGAAAAAAAUGACUGUCAGAGCUAGGAAAAAAGAAAAGCUCAUAAAAAAUACAUAUCUCCCCCAAGUCCCUCUCCCGCCGGUUUCAAGAGUGGGCUAUUCACAUCCAUCUUUUUACUAUGCAACCCCCAGCACUGACUUUUUACUCAGAUCCUCCAUUGCAUCUUUCUCUGAGCACAGUGGGAGAACUCUAAGAGAAAACGCCAUCUAUUGCUUAGCUGUGGCCAGUGCUUUUAAAGAGAAACGAUGGCUUCAGCAGUUAGAAAUCGCAAGAGUCCUAGCCAAAAAGAGCAUUUCUAACCUGACUACCCACGGAAGACUGAGAGCACAUAAAAAUCCUCCAGAACCUGUGCUUUGAAAAGUCAUGACAAUCCCAGUGUGGGUGAAGACCUUAUCAAAUAGA